UUUUGGCGUUCGGGAUUUUGACCUUUUCGGGAUUUUGGCUUUCGGAAUUUUGCCCGGCACCGGUCCAGAGUUACUGUUGGAAUGAGUCGUUGUCGCUUAAUUGCCAAAUUUUAAGGAUGCUCACGAAAGGUUAUACAUAAAAUGGUCAAAUAUUAUACUGAUGAGGUGCGAGUACAUCUGAAAAAACGCUACUAACUAUGAGACCCAGAGUCUCGAUUCAGAGAGUCAGUAACCGAAUUUUAAAUAUCUCUGAUAGCAACUCCAUGAUGUCCGCUCCAAAAAUUCAAAUCUAGUUGUUUACCGAAGAAAUACAGUCUUCAAAAUCAAUUGCAAAUGAAAGAAAAUGGUACGAAUGAUUGCUUGGUUUGCAAGAUUCCAUUUGUAAACAAAACCAAUCCAGGUAAAAGGUUGUAGAUUCACUUGGAACAUGCUAAAAAAGUAAAAAAAAAAUACUACCUUUUACCUUCCGAGCUAAGCAACCAUUCUUACAUUUUCUUUCAAUUUGCGGUUAAUUUCGGACACGUUUGAAGCCUGUGCUCCUUCGGUAACCAACUAGCUGCGAAUUUUUGGGGUAGACAUUAUGGGGAUACUAUCAGAGAUACUUACAAUGUAGUUAUCAGCCUUCUGAAUCGAAUCCCUGAGUCUGCCUGUAGUUUUUUUUCAGAAUAUACUUGCACCUAUUUACCAUCAAUUUUGAAUAUUUUUUGUAUACACUGAUGCGAUUUUCCAUAAAAUUAAACAAUUGACAACGUAGAUUCUUUCUGGCGGCAACUCUCAAUGAUUUGACAUCCUUUAACUUUUUGUAAUUUACAAUUUUUAACCUUAAUUGUAAAUUAUUAAAAAAUCAGGGGUGGAGUGAUAGCUUUUCGUCACUAUCGAAUCGAUAGUAUCGAUAAAUCUAUAUCUGUUAGAUUAAGUGAAUGUCGACUUUUUGCGCAUUGCUAAGCCAUUCAUUGUGACAUUCUUAAAAGAAUGUGGCUGUUGAUAAAUAUCUAUAUUAGUCACAGGAAGUACAGCUAUCGUUUAAAUAUUUCAGAAUCGACAGUCGAUAGUAUCGAAAAUAAGUCAUCAUAUCAACCCAGAUUAUUUCUUGUUAUUUAUCAUCACUUUUAUGUACAUAAAUUCACCAUUGAUAACUUUAGAAAUGUACAAACCCACCACUUGACAUUCAAAUGACUCAAAAUCAGAAUAUAACCGGUUUACAUAAAGGUGGUUGCAUGUUUUGACCAUUUUGAAUUACUUUUUAAAAAGGGGCAACAAACUUUUGAUUCCUGAAAAAUGAUCAACUAUUGGAAAACAAUUUUUUUUUAUAUGAAAUAAAAUUAUUUAAUUUUUUUUAAAAAAUAAACGUAAAAUCUAAGGAUUACAGGGAACUCAUUUUCAAAAAGAAAAAUUUGAAAAAGUAAUUUUUUCUAUAAUUUUUUUCCAGUUAGUUUCUCAAAUGAUCGGCGACAAAUUGUAGAGAAAUAUAUUUUCUACAAAAAUGUGUCAUUUGGGUAUUAUCUUCAUUUACAAUAAGUCGUAACAAAAUGAAAGAAAAUAACAAAGAAUACUCCAUGCCUGACAAAAUUUGCCUCAGCCAUUUUGAGAAUUUCCACAAAAUAAUCUUUUGGAAAAUGACUCAAUAAGUGCAUUUCCUUUUGAGAUAGAAAAAAAUGAACUUCUAUAAAGUUGUAGAGCGAUAAAUUUCCUAUUCAGAUUAUCUGAGAACCUUAAAAAAAAAUAGAAUAUCUGUUUUGACAAAUAUUGACCCAGUCUCCCCUAAAGUAUAAUAAUAAAAAAGCAUUCGUUAAUACCUUAAGCGAGAAAUUUAACAAUAAAUUAACUAUAUUUAACAGUUUUAUGGCAAAAAAAAUUAGGACUCUUUAUUGAUACAUAUCUUUAACUUUUUAAAUUAGAUUUAAUACACUUAUGAAAUUGUCAUGAUCAUUAAUAAAAAUUCAGGCCCUUUCUGUUCAAAACAUUUAGUCGAAUUGUACACAUUUCAAGGUUAUGUAUUCUAUUUUGAGGUCAGAAUGCAGUUUUGUCUUUUAGGUUUUGUUUCUUUUUUUGUGAAAUAUUUGAGGUAUUAGACGGUGAAUCUUGAGUUAAGUAAUGAGUAAAGAUGAGAGUGAGGCAUAGGAAUCUCUUGGCAUUCAAAUUGGAUGAAAAAUUUUUAAAUUGUGAGUAAAAUAAAAUUUGUGAAGUGUGAAUAACAAAUCCCACGCCAAAAAAAAACACGCGAAAGCGAAAGUUCGUGUGAUUUGGAUUUCUAUAAAUAACGCGUUGUGAAGAUUUUUUUAAAAAUAGGUCUUAGGCGUUUCUUUUUUUUUUAUUUCAUUUCUAUAUUUCUCAAUUUGCAGCAGAGUGAUUGAGCCCCAAAUUAUUCAAUUCAAAGACAAGGAAAAAGGAAAAAAAAUGCUGGAAAUCCAAUGACAUAACCUCAAUCUAAGGCAAAUUUCCCUGGGUUUUUUUUUUCUAUUGCAGUGUGCUGUGAUGGACAGUUGUGUGUGUAAAUAGACUUUGUGUUAGUGUCCUGGAGUUGUGCUCCAACGAAGGCACAAGCGCCCCUUGCGGACAAGAGGACAAACAACCCAAAUCCAACUGCCCUCCGUCCCCCUCCCUCAACUCCCCCCAACUUUUUUCAACAAAUUUGAAAAAAAUUCAAAUUUUUAUUAUUAAAAAAAAAUCAAUCUUCACAACGAAAUGGGUGUCAUUGAUGACUUUGCCCCGAGUUUUGUGCAAAAGCCCCAACUGAGGCAGGAAGAUGAUGGGAAUCGACUCAUUUUCGAAUGCCAAUUGCUGGGCGCCCCAAAGCCAGAUAUCGAAUGGCUGAGGAGUGAUCAGUUGCUGGUUGAAGAUGCCCGAACUAAAUUCCGAAUACUACCAUUGGGUGACAACAAGUACACCGUCAUCCUGGACAUUGAUGAUGUUGUGGAGACUGAUGCUGGACUCUACAGGGUUCGUGCUAAGAACAAAAUGGGCGAAGUUGCAGCAUCAAUUAAUCUCAAUUUUAGUCCUGCUGAUGAGCCAAAAGAGAAGCAAAUUGACGGUGUAGCACCGACAUUUGCAAAGAAACCGGCAAUACGACAAGAAGACGAUGGAAAACGAUUGUUAUUUGAAUGCCGAAUUCAGGCUGAUCCUAAGCCGACGGUCACGUGGUCACACAAUGGAAAUGUUGUGUCAGAAACACCUAGGCACAAGCCAACAAUCAGCAAAGAUGACGGCCAUUUCUAUUUUGCAUCGUUGGAAAUUAAAAAUGUGACAGUUGAAGAUGCUGGCAAGUACAAAGUGACAGCUAAAAAUGAACUAGGCGAGAGCAAUGCCACCAUUAGUCUCAAUUUUGACAGCGAUGAAGCUCCAGUCCCGGAUGACGGCAUUAAGCCAACGUUCACGGAAAGGCCUGUGAUUAGGCAGAGUGAAGAUGGCGGUAGGAUAACGUUCGAGUGUCGCUGUGCAGGUGAUCCGAAGCCAUCUGUCAAAUGGUACCAUGGGCAGGAAGAAAUAAAGGCCGGAGGUAGAUAUAGCAUCAGUUUGGAGUUGGAUCAGAAGCUCUAUCACAUGGCACGCCUGGAGAUAAGUCAGGUGGUGAAUGGGGAUAGGGGAGAGUACCGGGCAGUAGCCAGGAAUAAACAUGGCGAAGGUGUUGCCACAAUUAACCUCAAUUUUGAGGGUGGUGAUAAGCCAAAAAUUCCAGAUGGCAAAUCACCACGCUUCCCCAAGAAACCAACAAUUCGCCAAGAGGGUGACAUCUUAAUAAUGGAAUGCAUUCUUGAGGCUCAUCCCGUACCAGAUAUCACAUGGUUUCGCGGUAGUACACCAAUUGCUGAUACAGGUCGCAUCAAAAUGUCCCGACGUGCCAUCUCACGCGACACCUAUACGCUAACCCUCGAAAUAUCAAAUCCGACUCGUGAUGAUGGCGGCAAUUACCGUUGCAACGCCUUCAAUAGCUACGGAGAAAGCAAUGCCAAUAUUGCCCUCAAUUUCCAAGGCGGUGACGAUCCAAAUGGAUUUGCUCCAUCAUUCAUCGAGAAGCCGAGGAUCAUUCCAAACGAAUCAGGCAGCCUGAUCACCAUGAAGUGUCGAUGCAAGGCAAAGCCACAGCCAACGGUUACAUGGUAUCGUGGCCAGGAUAUUGUCAAAGAAUCCACAAAAGUCGCCAUUGAAACGACACAGUCUACUGAACCUGACCAACCAGACGUCUAUGACCUCAUUCUCCAGAUACGUGAUCCCAGUUCACCAGAUGGCGGCACCUACAGGUGCCAUGUUAAAAAUGAAUUUGGUGAAAGCAAUGCUAAUCUCAAUCUAAACAUCGAAGCUGAACCAGAACCCGAAGGUGAUGGUCCGACAUUCGUGGAGAAACCAAAGAUUGUCAGUGAAAAUAAUGGAAAACUAGUGAUAAUGCAAUGUAGGGUUAAGGCUAAUCCUGAACCGACAGUUGUAUGGACAAAAGAUGGCGAAACUGUCAGUGAUGGUGGACGUGUGAAGAUGUCUGUGGUUAAGAAGGGAGAUGAAUAUGACAUUAAACUCGAAUUAACUGAACCCGAAUUGCAUGAUUCGGGCUUAUAUCGGUGUAACAUCAAAAAUGCCCUCGGAGAGCUCAAUGCCAAUCUCACGCUCAAUAUUGAAAUUGUUCCUGUGAUAAAAGACAAGCCAAAACUCAUAAAGAUUGUGAAGAAGAAGACUGUGGUGAUUGAGUGUUCGGUGGUGUCAAAAUUCAAGCCACAGGUGACGUGGCUAAAGGAAGAGAAUGAGGUUAAGGAAGGUGAACGACAUCAAGUAAAGGUUGAGAAUACAAAAGAGGGUGAAUUUGCUGUUCAACUCGAAAUUUGUCCAGUUGCUGAGCACGAUAAGGGAUCCUAUCGUUUGGUUGUACGCAAUGAAAGAGGCGAAGCAACAUCGCAGACUGUUGAACUUCGUGAUUUACUCAUUGAGGACAAAGGCGAACGUCCAGUUUUGGCGCAUGGAUUGGACGCUAUUCGCGUGGAUGAGGGAGCAUCGUGGGAACUUUUGGCAAAAUUGAAGAAAGAAGAUAAGAAGGUGAAGGUUCAGUGGUACAAAAAUGAGGAACUUGUGAGAGAUACGACCACAUAUCGUGUGACAUUCGAUGGAACGACAGCACGAAUGAGUGUCAGUAAGAGUCGAAAGGAACAGACUGGAAAGUACCGAAUUGUUGUGAUCAAUGAAUUUGGAUCUGAUGAGUCUGUUGCCCAAGUGAAAGUAGUCAGUAAAGAUGUGAAGGAAGAAGAAGAAGAGGAGGUAAUUGAAGAGGAAGAAGAGGAGCAAAUUGAAGAAAAGGUCGAAGAGAAGGUUGACGAGAAGAAGAAGAAAGAGGAAGAGAAGAAGAAGAAAGUUGAAGAAGAGAAGAAGAAAACCGAAGAGAAAAAGAAGGUUGAAGAGGAAAAGAAGAAGAAGGUUGAGGAAGAGAAAAAGAAGGUAGAAGAAGAAAAGAAGAAGGUAGAAGAAGAGAAGAAGAAGACCGAAGAGAAAAAGAAGAAAGUUGAAGAAGAGAAGAAGAAAGAAGAGGAGAAGAAGGUUGAAGAAGAGAAAAAGGUGGCAGAGAAAAAGAAGGUCGAAGAAGAAAAGAAGAAAGAAGAAGAAAAGAAGAAGGAAGAAGAAGAAGCGAAAAAGAAGACAAAAGUCAAAAAGAAGGACGAAGAUGCUAAAAAGAAGGACGAACCAGAGAAGAUCAUUGAAAAAGUCAAACCCAAAAAAGAUGAAGAUGCCAGAGAACAAUCACCACAACCAACUGAAGAUUCCAUUGAGGUCAAAUCACAAUCUCGUCGCCGUUCAGUGUUACGUGAAGAGCAAAUUGUGGCGGAAAAUGGAAAAGUGUCCAGACGAUCAUCGCUACAGGUUGAAGAGGAGAGUAGCGAGAGGCGAUUGAGUGUCACUAAGAAGGAGGAACCAAAAGUUGAUGUAGGUAGUGAAGAAGAUGGUAUUGAGAGUAUUGAUGAUGACAUUAAGCCAAAGGAUAGGCUUAAGACCAAAGCAAAAGCUAAGCCUAAGGGUAGUAGUGAUGAACCUGAAGCUGAGGCUGAUGGUUUCGGUGAUGCUGAACCAGUUACUAAAAAGCAUGAUAGAAUUAAACCCAAAACCACUGAAGAUAAACCCAAAGUCACUGAAGAUAAACCCAAAGUCACUGAAGAUAAACCCAAAGUCACUGAAGAUAAACCCAAAGUCAUUGAAGAUAAACCCAAAGUCACUGAAGAUAAACCCAAAUCCGAUGAUACCAAAUCAAAGGCACCAAUUAAAAUUGAAAAAGUCAAACAAGUGCCAGAUGAGAAGGUCCAAGAGGCCAAAAUGGAAAAGCCACAGGAAAAACUGGGCUUACUCAAGUCACGACUUAAGAAAGCCGAAGCACCAAAAGCAGCAGAAAAUAUUGAAGAUAUUCGUGGUGGACUGAAGAAGGUGGCACCAAAGCCAAAGGAAGAACCCAAGGAGGAACCAAAGAAAACCAAAGUUAAGAUACCUAAAGCAAAGAAAUAUGAUGAUUUACCAGAAAUACCCGAUUAUGAGCGUCCAGUUCUCGAGGAAUAUGAACCAACGGAUUUUGAGCCAUCCAAAGCCGAAAAAUCAAAGGAAACACCAACACAAAAGGCCAAACAGGCCACCAUUGACACAAUUACCGAAGUACCACCAGAAAAAGUCACAAAACCAACUCAGGAAAAGGAAGCAGAAGCUCCAAAGGAGACAGCUAAGCUUCAGAUUCCCAAGAAAGGAUUGCCUGAGCGGGAAGAGGAGAAGCCAGAGAAGGUGGAAUUGAAGAAAGUUAAGGAAACUCCGACAAUUGAGGUUCCAGAAAAGUCCAAGGAAGAGCAAGCAAAGGAAAAGGCCAAACCAAAGGUCAAUGGAUUGAAGGUGAAGAAGGAUAAAGUAUCGGGAUAUGAAGAUCUUCCCGAAAUUCCAGACUAUGAGCGUCCUGAACUAGAGAAGUACGAAAAGAUCGAUGUUGACAAGGUUCCCGGCAAAAAGGAGGAUUCAAAGCCAAAACUGCCCGAAAUUAAGACCACCCCAACAAUUGAGGCACCCAAAAUUGAGGUUAGCCGCGAAAAGAGCCCUCUGCCAAUGGAUAGAAAGAGUUCCCUGGCACCGGGCUCGGGCCCUUCCAGUCGCCGGGGAUCCCUCAUCCCGCCCGAUGAUGUUCUCGGACGUCGACCGAGUCUCAUUAUCAACGACGAGUCAAAACUGAGACCUGGCGAGGUAUUAGAUCCAAAGAUUAAAAAAGGUGGACGUCCUGGAGAAUUGGAAUCAUCUCAGAAACAGCGUCGACGACCAUCAGUGGACCUCAGGCGUCCCAGUGUCCAGGAUUUGGAGGACAAAAUCAACCAACCGUCGACUCCGCUGAGAGAAAUUGGCGAAGUCGGACCACCAGCAAUUGUUGAUGUCCAGGAGAGCUACUCAGCGGUGGAAGAUCAAACGGGUUACAUCACGGUCCAGGUGGAGGGAAGCCCGGCGCCAACAUUCAAAUUCUACAAAGGUGUGAGUGAGAUUAUUGAGGGUGGACGCUUCAAAUUCCUAACGGACGGCGAAACAAACUCCAUAACACUGUGUAUGAGAAAAGUGAAGCCAAAUGAUGAAGGAAAAUACAAGAUUGUCGUGGCAAAUUGUCAUGGUGAAGAUUCAGCUGAAAUGCAACUUUACGUGAGUGAUGCCAGUGGUAUGGACUUCAGGGCGAUGCUAAAGAAGCGAAAGUACGCCAAGUGGGCGAAGGAUCAGACAGAUCCAGACUGGGGAGACCUCAAGGAGGUGGAAAAACCAAUGCCGGCCCUCAAGAAAGUCGAAAAGGCAAUCGGAUCACGGCGUCCCUCCUUGGCUGAAUUAAUUCCCGAUUGGCCUACUUUGCAUCCAUUUCACCGUCAAGAGAAGCAGGAUACAUUCCUUCGACCACUCAUCGAUCAGCACGCCAAGGAGGGAAAGGACAAAAAGGUUGUCUUCGAGGCUGGCUUCAGCAAACCCAAUUGCAAGCCCAAAUGGUACUUGCGCAAAGAUGAGCUAUUUACAGGAUCAAAGUACAAAUUCAAGAAUGAAGGUGAUUCUUACCAAUUGAUCAUCAUGGCACCAAAAGUUGAAGAUACCGGAAAGUAUAUGAUUGAAAUUGGUAAUGUUCAAUCAUCGGCUUUUCUCAAAGUUGACGAACCCGAUCCAUCGUACACUUUCACUAAGCCACUUAAGAAGAAGUACGAUGGCUUCACGGAGCACGAUUUAACCCUUGAAUGUAGUGUCAGUAGCAAUAUGGCGAUUGUAUCGUGGUGGAGAGGUGAUCAAAAGCUCGAAGAAGGCGAUGAAUUUGCCAUCUCAAAGGAACUUUCUGGUGCUUGUAAGCUAUAUAUUAAGAAUUGCAAACUGACUGAUACAGGUGACUACAGUUGUCGCAUCGAAAAGCAACCAGACAGAACGGAUACAGCUGUUAAAAUAACCGAGUAUCCUUACAAGUUCACAAAGGUGUUGAAGUCUCAGCAAUUGGUUGAGAAGGAUACAGUGACUUUGGCAUGUGAACUUGAUGAUGCACGUGGUGAAGUGAAAUGGUUUAAGGGUGACGAAGAGAUUAAACCAGAUAAACGUGUUCAGGCUGUUAAGGAUGGUCGAAAGCGUAAACUUGUUAUUAAAGAUGCUAAAGUAACAGAUGCUGGACACUACAAAUGUACAACAAAUGCCGAUGAGACUAAAGCCGAAAUUAUAAUAAACUACAUGAAUAAAUUUAACAAAAAACUCAAGGAUACAGUUGGAAUUGAACGUGAGAAGUUGGUCCUUGAGGUUGAAUUGCAAGAUCAGACAGCACCGGCUGAUUGGAAGUUCAAUGGGGAACCAAUUGUGCCAAGUGAUAGAGUUGAAAUGAAGAAUUUGGGCGGAGGAAAGCAUCAAUUGAUAUUCAAUGCACUAGAAAUGACAGAUGAUGGCGAAAUAAUGUGCGAAUCUGGCAAACUUCAGAGUUCCUGCAAGUUAACUGUACAAAAGGGCGAAUCGAAGCCCAUCAUUGAUUUCCCCAGUGAAGUUGAGGCCCCAAUUAAUCAGCCAGUUAUCCUGGAAGUGCCCUUCAAAGUCGAGGGCACCAAGCAGAGUCCAAUUGAGGCCAAAUUGGUGCGUGAUGGUAAGACACUGCCCACAAAGGAUGUCGAUGUUCAGAUCAGUGACAACAAAGUGACAUUUAAGAUAAAGAAACCAACACGUGAUCAAUCUGGGCAGUAUCAAAUAAAAAUAGGCAAUGCCCAGGGUGAAGAUGUUAAGGAUGUCAAAUUGACAAUUCAGGAUGUACCAAGUGCUCCGCGUGAUGUUGAGGUUAAGGAUGUAUUUCAGGAUUCGUGUGUGGUGACAUGGAAGGCACCAGAAGAUGAUGGUGGUGCUCCAUUGACCAAAUAUGUCAUUGAGAGGCAAGAUCUGAGCCUUAAGGGUGGAUGGGAUGGUGUUGGUGAAGUUCAGCCAACAGCCAAGCCGCUCACCUUCAAGUGUGCAGAUCUUGUGCCGAAGAAACAGUACAGAUUCCGAAUUCGGGCUGUUAAUAAAUUGGGUCCGAGUGAACCGGGUGCUUUCAAUAAACCCGUUCUGGCUAAGGAUCCAUGGGAUGAACCUGGUAAACCAAAGAAUGUCGAAGUGACAGAUUGGGAUGUUGAUCAUGCUAAAUUGAAAUGGGAACCACCUGAUAAUGAUGGUGGUGCCCCAAUAACGGGCUAUGUUAUUGAACAAAAGGAGAAAUUUGCCAAAGAUUGGACAAAAGCCAAAGAAAUCACCGAUCCAAAUUGUCUUGAUGCUAAAGUUGAUGGACUCAAAGAGAACGGACAGUACGAGUUCCGUGUUCGGGCUGUCAAUAAAGCUGGUCCAGGUGAACCAUCGGAUACAACAAAACCAAUUAUAGCUAAAUGUCGUUUUGUCAAACCAUUCAUCAUUGGUGAUGGUCUCAAGAAUAUUGUUGUGAAGAAGAAUCAAGUGAUAAAGUAUGAUAUUAAAUAUGGCGGUGAACCCGAACCUGAAGUUAAAUGGCUCAAAGAUGGACAAAUUAUCACAGAAGAUGGUGAUCAACGGAUUACAAUUGACAAAUAUGAACGAAAUACUGUUUUGACAGUUAGAAAAUCAGCAAGACCCGACACUGGUAAAUACACACUAACACUGACAAAUAGUUCUGGUACAAUUGAUUCGGUGGCCGAUGUCAUCGUACUGGAUAGACCUACUCCUCCGGGUGGACCCCUUGUACCCGAUGAAGUCCGUGCCGAUCAUGUGAAGGUGAAGUGGAAGAAGCCAAAAGAUACUGGAGGAUCGGACAUUACAGGCUAUGUACUGGAAAAGAUGGAUAUGGAUACGGGAAGAUGGAUUCCAGCUGGAGAAGCAGGUCCAGAUGAUGAUUCGUUCACAUUUAAGGGUUUAACACCAAACAAAAAGUACAAAUUUAGGGUGAAGGCUGUCAAUAAGGAGGGUGAAAGUGAUCCAUUGGAGACAACUGAGCCAAUUGUUGCUAGAAAUCCCUAUGAUGAACCUGGUGUACCCGGUAAACCAGAAAUUAUUGAUUAUGACAAUGUAUCAGUUAGUUUGAAAUGGGCACCACCAGAUAGCGAUGGUGGACGUCCUAUAACCCAUUAUACUGUGGAAAUGAAGGAUAAAUUCUCGCCAGAUUGGUCAGAAGUGGCCAAGACUGAUGGUCCAACGCCUGAAUUGAAGGUGGAUGGAUUGAAGGAACGUCAAAUUUAUGAAUUUCGUGUUAAGGCCCACAAUAAAGCUGGUCCGAGUAAACCAAGUGAAGCGACAUCACCACAUUUGUGCAAACAUCGCAAUCUUAAGCCACGUAUCGAUCGUACGACAUUCAAGUCGGUAACACUGAAGGCGGGACGAACGCACAAGUGGUCGGUUGAUGUUACAGGUGAACCACCACCAGAAUUAACAUGGGUUUGGAGAGAUAAUAUUCCACUGACAAAUACAGAAAGGAUUAAAAUUGAAAAUGUUGACUAUCACACCGAUUUUGCAAUUGUCAAUUGUCAACGCAGAGAUACCGGAAGGUAUACACUCAAGGCGGUCAAUGCAUCUGGCAAGGAUGAAGAAACUGUGGAGCUUUGUGUCCUUGGAAAACCAAGUGCGCCACAGGGACCACUUAAGGUUGAAGAUGUCCAUGCCAAUGGCUGUAAAUUGAAAUGGAAGAAACCUGAAGAUGAUGGUGGUACACCUGUGAAGGAAUAUGAAGUUGAAAAGAUGGAUAUGGCAACGGGAAAAUGGGUUAGAGUUGGUCGUGUACCGGCUGGUGAUAAAGAUGAACCAAGUAUGGAAAUAACUGGUUUAACACCUGGCAAUGAAUACAAAUUCCGGGUAUCAGCUGUCAAUGAUGAAGGUGAUUCGGAACCAUUGGAAACUGAAGCUGCUAUCACAGCUAAGAAUCCAUUUGAUGAACCAACAAAACCAGGUCAACCAGAAGUAACUGACUGGGACAAUGAGAGUGUACAACUCCAAUGGAAACCACCAGCAUCAGAUGGUGGUGCCCCCAUUGAAAAGUACACCAUUGAAAAGAGGGAAAAAGGUAAACCAGAUUGGGAGAAGGCAGGUGAAGUACCAGGUGAUCAGACUGAAGGAAAAGUUGAUGGAUUGCGUGAGACGGGUGAAUAUGAAUUUAGGAUAGUUGCUGUCAAUAAAGCUGGACCAUCACCAGCAUCAGAUCCAUCAAAAAUGCAGGUUAUCCGAUUUCGUGCACUUAAACCACGAAUUGAUCGGACAAAUCUCAAAACAACAAUUAUUCGUGCUGGAAAAUCUGUCAAAUUUGACGUUGAUAUUCGUGGUGAACCACCACCAGAAGUCACGUGGUAUCAUGUCAAAGAUGUCCUUCAAUCAUCAAAAACUGUGUCAAUUGUCAAUGUACCGUACAACAGUAAAUUGAGCAUAACUGAUGCUGUGCGAAAACAAACUGGAAUGUACAAAAUUCAUGCUAAAAAUCAACAUGGUGAGGAUGAGGCUGAAGUAGAGAUAACGGUUCUGUCGGCACCUGGAAAGCCCAAAGGACCACUUAAAGUUAGCGAUGUCACAAAGAAUGGCUGCAAGGUCAAAUGGGACAAACCAGAAGAUGAUGGCGGAAAACCCGUUACUGCUUAUCAGGUGGAAAAACUCGAUACAGCAUCCGGUAGAUGGGUACCAGUUGGUCGAACAGAUGGAAAUGCAACGGAAUUGGAUGUUAAAGGUCUAACUGAAGGUCAUGACUAUCAUUUCCGUGUUAAAGCCAUCAAUGAUGAGGGUGAAAGUGAACCAUUGGAGACAGAAGCAUCAAUAACAGCCAAAAAUCCAUAUGAAGCACCUGGAAAACCAGGUGUACCAAAACCAGAAGAUUGGGAUGUUAAUCGUGUUGAUUUGGUAUGGGAUAAACCCAAAAAUAAUGGUGGUGCCCCAAUAACUGGCUAUAUUGUGGAGAAAAAGGAGAAAUUUUCGACAAAUUGGGAAGAGGCACUUGUGACCGAUGGUCCAGAACCAAAGGGUCGUGUUGAGGGUUUGAGAGAGGGUGCUACAUAUCAAUUUAGGGUUCGUGCUGUCAAUAAAGCUGGACCUGGUGACCCAAGUGAUGCAUCCCAACCACAUGUUGCUAAAGCUAGAUUCCUCAAGCCACUGAUCAAUCGAGAAAAACUACAGCCAGUUCGUGUACGGGCUGGACAACUUGUUAAAUUUGACGUUGAUGUCAAGGGUGAACCACCACCAACAAUUACAUGGAGUUUUGGUGGACAAAAACUCGAUGCUGGUCCUGGAUGUCGCAUAGAAAAUGAAGAUUACAACACUAAAAUGAUGUUGAGUGAUACAUCGAGGGUCAAUAGUGGUAAAUAUACUGUGACAGCUGUCAAUGAUAGUGGUAAGGAUGAAGCUGAUGUUGAGGUGACAAUAUUGGAUAAACCGGGUAAACCCGAAGGACCACUUGAAGUUAGUGAUGUUCACAAAGAGGGUUGUAAGCUCAAGUGGAAGAAACCCAAGGAUGAUGGUGGUCUACCACUAACAGCUUAUGUCCUGGAGAAGCAAGAUUUGACAACUGGACGAUGGGUACCAUGCGGAACGGUUGAUCCAUCGGCCACAGAGCAUGAUGUUAAAGGUCUUGAACCAGGACACAAAUACAAUUUCCGAGUCAAAGCUGUCAAUGAAGAAGGUGAAUCUCCACCAUUGGAAACUGAAGGUAGUAUCCUGGCAAAGAAUCCCUAUGAUGCACCAGCAGCUCCAGGUCUUCCAGAUAUUGUCGAUUGGUCCGAAAAUAUGGUUAAAUUGAAGUGGGAACCACCAAUACGUGAUGGUGGUGCCCCCAUAACAGGCUAUCAAAUUGAGGUUAUGGACAAAGAUUCAGGACAAUUUGUUAAGGCUGUCGAUGUACCAGGAAAUAAAUGUGAAGGUGUUGUACCUAAACUUGAAGAAGGUCAAGCCUAUAAAUUCCGGAUACGAGCUGUCAAUAAAGCUGGUCCGAGUGAUCCGAGUGAAUCAACAAAUUGGCAUACAGCAAAGGCAAGAUUCCUCAAACCACGCAUUGAUCGUACAAAUCUCAAUCCAAUAACUGUUAAAGCUGGCCUUGGUACAGCACUCGAUGUCAAUAUUAUUGGUGAACCACCACCAAAGGUAACAUGGCUGUUUGGGGACAAAGAAGUUGAAACUGAUGCCAAUUUGCGAAUUGAUAAUGUUGACUACAACACCAAAUUCUUCAUAAUGCGCGCCAAGAGGGCACAGAGUGGCAAAUACACCAUUAUUGCCAAGAAUGAAGUUGGUGAGGAUCGUGCUGAAGUUGAAAUAACAGUCCUGGGUAAACCAUCGAAACCCAAAGGACCUCUCGAUGUAUCCGAUGUGACAAAACAUGGAUGCAAACUAAAAUGGAAGAAACCAGAGGAUGAUGGUGGUGUACCGAUUGAAUAUUACGAAAUUGAAAAGUUGGAUCCAUUGACAGGUCAAUGGAUACCAUGUGCCAAGAGUACCGAACCUGAAGCAAAUAUAACAGGACUACAGGAAGGUAAACCCUAUAAAUUCCGUGUAAAAGCAGUCAAUAAGGAAGGUGAUUCGGAACCACUGGAAACAGAGGGUACUAUCAUAGCUAAAAAUCCAUUUGAUGAACCUGGUAAACCAGGUAAACCCCAACCACAGGAUUGGGGAGCGGACUUUGUUGAUUUGGAAUGGACACCACCAAAAGAUGAUGGUGGUGCUCCAAUACAGAAAUAUGUUAUUCAAAAGAGAGAUAAGGCUGGUCGUGCCUGGACAGAUGCAGCAACUGUUCCCGGUGAUAGGACAAAAGCAACAGUUCCAAAUCUCGAAGAAGGACACGAAUAUGAAUUUCGUGUUGUGGCUGUCAAUAAGGCUGGACCAGGUGAACCAUCUGAUGCAUCACGAUCAAUUGUUGCCAAACCCCGUCAUCUGGCACCACGAAUUGAUAGAAAGAAUCUGCAGAAGAAGGUUGUACGCAGUGGACAGAUGCUGCGAAUGGAAGCUGAUGUAACUGGUGAACCACCACCAAAAAUCGUUUGGACACUCAAAGAUCAACCACUCAAAACGGGUGAUCGACUGAAAAUUGACUCAGAAGACUACAAAACUACAUUUAUAAUGCAGAAAUGCGUGAGAGCUGAUACGGGAACAUAUGUGGUUACUGCAACCAAUGAUUCAGGAAAGGAUCAGGUUGAGGUUGAAGUUCAGGUGCUCAGUAAACCGUCAAAGCCCAAAGGACCCCUAAAGGUUAGUGAUGUCACUGCACAAGGGUGCAAUCUUAAAUGGGAUAAACCAGAAGAUGAUGGUGGUGAACCAAUUGAUCAUUAUGUUGUUGAACGUAUGGAUACGGAAUCUGGUCGUUGGGUACCAGUAACCACGUCAAAGACACCCGAAGCUGAUGUAACAGGUCUCAAUGAGGGUAAAGAUUAUCUAUUUAGGGUUAAAGCUGUCAAUGCUGAGGGUGAAAGUGAACCACUUGAGACUGAAGCUGCAAUUACAGCUAAGAAUCCCUAUGAUGUAGCUGAUACACCUGGUAAGCCAGAAUUUAAGGAUUGGAGCAAAAAUCAUGCUGAUCUUAAGUGGACACCACCAAAGGAAGAUGGUGGUGCUCCUAUCACGGGAUACAUUGUUGAAAAGAAGGAUCCAUUUAGUGGUAAAUGGCAGAAAGUUGUUGAGACAAAGGGACCAAAGUGUGAAGCUAGAGUACCAGAUUUGGUUGAAGGUGAAAAGUACCAAUUUCGUGUUAAGGCUGUCAAUAAGGCUGGACCAAGUAAACCAAGUCAAGCAUCAGAAGUACUAACUGCCAAAGAUCGUUUUGCCGCACCCAAAAUUGAUCGGACUAAUCUUAAGGAUUUGACCGUUAAAGCUGGUCAACAUAUUAAAUUGGACGUAAAGGUGACAGGUGAACCACCACCAAAGAAAGCCUGGUAUCUCAAUAAGGCCAGACUGGAACCGAGUUCAGAGGUAACAGUUGAAGUUGAAGAUUACCGGACUAAACUCUAUAUUCCCGUUGCUGCUAGAUGUCAUUCGGGAAAAUUAGUGAUUAAGGCUGAAAAUGAAUCGGGCAAGGAUGAAGCAUCAAUUGAUGUUAUUGUCCUGGAUAGGCCAUCGAAGCCCGAAGGUCCACUUAAGGUGUCGGAUGUCCAUAAGGAGGGAUGCACCCUCAAAUGGAAUCCACCACUUGAUGAUGGUGGUGCACCUGUUGAGCAGUAUGUUGUGGAGAAACAGGAUACAGAAACAGGACGCUGGGUACCUGUUGGUAGGUGUAAAGAACCCAAAAUGGAAGUUGGCAAUUUGGUACCUGGUCAGGAGUACAAAUUCCGCGUGAGUGCAGUUAAUGCUGAAGGUGAGAGUGAACCAUUGGAGACAGAUCAUUCAAUUAUUGCCAAAAAUCCAUUUGAUGCACCCGGAACACCCGGACAACCCGAACCAACGGAUUGGGAUAAGGAUCAUGUUGAUCUGAAGUGGACACCACCAGAUUCAGAUGGUGGAUCACCAAUAACUGGCUAUGUGAUUGAGAAGCGUGAGAAAGGCGUUGGAAGAUGGCAAAAAGGUGCUGAAGUACCUGCAACUGAGUGCAAAGGAACUGUUCCGAAUCUCGAAGAAGGUGUUGAGUAUGAAUUCCGUGUUAGAGCUGUCAAUGCAGCUGGUCCAGGUGAACCAUCCAUGGCAUCUAAGGGUGUUGUGGCCAAAUGUCGUAAGCUACCGCCCAAGAUUGACCGGAAGAAUGUGAGGAAUUUGACUGUGAAGGAAGGUGAACCAAUUUAUUUGGAUAUUAAAGUAUCUGGUGAACCACCACCAGAUGUCACCUGGACCCUCAAUGAUAAGUCACUGAAAUUGGCCAGUAAGUGUCGUGUUGAGAGUGAACCGUAUGGCACAAAACUAUUCAAUGAUAAUCCAGAAAGGAAGGAAUCUGGUACAUAUAGGAUAACAGCUGUCAAUAAAUAUGGUCAAGAUACAGCUGAGAUGGAAAUUGAGGUUGUAUCGAAACCGGGUAAACCCGAAGGACCACUUGAGGUUAGUGAUGUUCACAAGGAUGGAUGUCAGUUGAAGUGGAAGAAACCCAAAGAUGACGGUGGUGAACCAAUUGAGGGUUAUAUUGUUGAGAAAUUUGAUCCAGAAACUGGAAUAUGGUUGCCCGUACUCAAGACAACUGGAAAUGUUCCUGAAGCUAAAAUUGAUGGACUUACACCAGAUCAUGAGUACAAAUUCAGGGUAAAAGCUGUCAAUAAAGAAGGUGAAAGUGAACCACUGGAAACCUUUGGAAGUAUCAUUGCCAAGGAUCCAUUCACAAUUGCAAGUCAACCUGGUGUACCGGAACCAAUGGAUUGGUCUGCCAAUCAUGUUGAAUUGAUCUGGAAGGAACCAGCAUCAGACGGUGGUACACCAAUAACUGGUUAUAUUGUUGAGAAAAAGGAUAAAUACAGUCCAAUGUGGGAGAAGGCCAUUGAGACAACAACAUCAACGCCCACAGCUGUUGUUCAUGGUUUAAUUGAGGGCAAUGAAUAUCAAUUCCGUGUAAUAGCUGUCAAUCGGGCCGGACCAAGUGAACCGUCUGAUGCUAGUAAACAAUUUACAGCUAAGGCACGAUACUUAGCACCUAAAAUUGAUCGUCGUCACCUACGUGAUGUUACCCUAUCGGCUGGAUCAACACUCAAAUUCGAUGCAGCCAUUCAGGGUGAACCAGCUCCAACGGUAGAAUGGCGUUUUGCUGGAAUGGUGCUAAAACCAAGCAAAACCAUUACAAUUGAUUCACCAGAUUACAGCACAAAAUUAACCAUUCGACCGACAAAUCGAGCAGAUUCAGGAGAGUACACAGUAACAGCUACAAAUAGUUCAGGCAAAGAUAAAGUCACCAUUCAGGUGACAAUCACCGAUAAGCCUAGCAAACCCGAAGGACCACUCAAGGUAUCAGAUGUCCAUAAGGAAGGUUGCAAACUCAAAUGGAAGCGUCCUAAAGACGAUGGUGGUGCUCCAAUUGAGUACUAUCAAGUGGAUAAAAUGGAUCCUGAAAGUGGAUGUUGGGUACCAGUUGGACGUGCUACAGAACCAUCAAUGGACGUUACAGGAUUGACACCAGGUAAAGAGUACAAAUUCCGCGUUGCUGCAGUUAAUGCUGAAGGUGAGAGUGAACCAUUGGAGACAGAUGAGACAAUUGUGGCAAAGAAUCCAUUUGAUGAACCUGGAAAAGUUGGUAAUUUGCGUGCAACAGAUUGGGAUAAGGAUCAUGUUGAUUUAGCAUGGACACCACCCCUUGAAGAUGGUGGUAGUCCGGUAACAGGGUAUUUGAUUGAGAAGAAAGAUAAAUAUGGUCAAUGGGAGAAGGUGGCUCAAGUUGAUCCCAGUCAGUGUAAGGCAACAGUUCCGGAUUUGAUUGAGGGACAGGUAUAUGAUUUCCGGGUGAGUGCGGUAAAUGCUGCUGGUCCAGGUGAACCAUCAGAUGUUUGUACAGUAACAGCUAAACCACGCAAUCAAGCACCAAGAAUCGAUAGGACUAACUUAAUUGAGGUACGAAUUAAGGCUGGACAGAAUUUUGCUUUUGAUGUCAAAGUGACAGGUGAACCGAUUCCCAAGACAAAAUGGAGUCUUGGUAGGCAUGAAGUUAAACCAUCUGAUAGAAUAAAAGUCAGCCAUGUUGAUUAUGCGACAAAAUUGACUGUUAGACAGGCUGUAAGGUCAGAUACAGGUACAUAUACCAUUUCGGCAGAAAAUAUCAAUGGUGCCGAUAGUGCUGAUGUCAAAGUGACAGUUCUCGAUAAGCCAGCACCACCACGUGGUCCCCUCAAAGUUGAUGAUGUCCAUGCAAAUGGUUGUACAUUGAAAUGGCAACCACCAGAAGAUGAUGGUGGAGCACCAAUUGAAAAGUAUGUCAUUGAGAAAUUCGAUGAAGCAACAGGUAGAUGGGUACCAGCUGAAGAAACAGAUGGUCCAGAGACAUCUGUCAAUGUCAAAGGACUAACACCAAAUCACAAAUAUAAAUUCCGUGUUCGUGCUGUCAAUAAGCACGGUAAAUCUGAUCCAAUUACCACAGAUAAAUCCUACGAAGCCAAAAAUCCAUUUGAUGCCCCAAGUAAACCCGGACAACCACAAAUUGUUGAUUUUGAUCGGGAUUUCGUUCAAUUGGAAUGGCCAAGGCCAGAAACAGAUGGUGGUUCACCCAUAACGGGCUAUAUUAUUGAAAAACGUGACAAAUACAGUGAUGAUUGGGAUAAGGCGGCUGAAAUUGAGGGUGAUGUACCAGCUGGACGUGUUGAUGGACUUGUCGAAGGGGUACAGUAUGAAUUUCGUGUACGGGCCGUCAAUAAGGCGGGACCAGGUGAAGCAAGUACAGCAACUAAACCUCAUGUGGCACGACCAAAGAAUUUACCACCGAAAAUUGAUCGGAAAUUCAUGCAAAAUAUCAAAAUUCGUGCUGGACAGAACUUUGAAUUUGACGUACCUGUCAUUGGUGAACCACCACCAACUAAGGAAUGGUCACACAAGGAUAACAUGAUCAUCAAUUCAGAUCGAAUUAAAGUGACACAUGAAGAUUACAGAACGAAAAUCCGUGUGAUUGAUGCUAAACGUGCCGAUAGUGGUACCUAUACACUGGUAGCAAGAAAUUCAAAUGGAACAGACAAAGCUGAUGUCAAGGUGACAGUUUUGGAUGUACCAGGAGCACCCGAAGGACCACUAAGGGUGGAUAAUGUAACAAAAUCUGGUGUUUCAUUGAGUUGGAAGCCACCAAAGGAUGAUGGUGGCUCAGAGAUAAGUCACUAUGUGGUGGAAAAGAUGGAUGCUGAAACGAUGCGAUGGGUGCCAGUUGGUGAAUGUCAACAGCCACAUAUUAAGGCUGAUAAUCUAAUUGAAGGUCAUGACUAUACCUUCCGUGUGAGGGCUGUCAAUAAACAAGGUGAAAGUGCACCAUUGGCCACGAGUCAACCAAUCACAGCUAAAGAUCCAUUUGGACGACCAGAGAAACCAGGAACGCCACAGGUGACAGAUUGGGAUAAGAAUCGUGUUGAUUUGGAAUGGACACCACCGAAAAAAGAUGGCGGAGCACCAAUUAAAGCAUAUAUCAUUGAGAAACGUCCAAGAUUUGGAACAUGGGAAAAGGCAGCUGAAGUUGGACCCGAUGACUGCAAAGCCAGUGUUCCUGAUCUAACUGAAGGUGAAGAGUAUGAAUUCCGUGUGAUAGCUGUCAAUAAGGGUGGACCUGGAGAACCGUCAGAUGCAUCAGCACCAGUUGUUGCAAAGGCACGCUAUGUGGCGCCAUCCUUUGACAAGAGUCUACUGCAGGAUCAGACCGUUCAUGCAGGCAAGAAGAUAAAGUUCCAGUUACCCAUUGAAGCAUCUCCUAGGCCAACGGUCACAUGGACAGUGAAUGGCAAGGUACUGGAGGCAGGACCAAGAGUCGAUAUGCAAUUAUUUGGUGGUCAACUGAGCCUGGAAAUACCAUUUUCUGUGCGAUCUGACGAAGGACGCUACAAUCUGACGAUAACCAAUGAACUUGGUUCGUGUACAGCAUCAGCCAAUGUUACGGUCCUGGAUAGACCGUCUAAGCCCGAAGGACCAUUAGAGAUAUCUGGUAUUCACAAGGAAGGUUGCUCAUUGCGCUGGGGUACACCGAAAGAUGAUGGUGGUUCACCUAUUUUGCAUUAUGUCAUUGAAAAGAUGGAUUUAUCGAGGGGUACAUGGAGUGAUGCUGGUAUGAGUACAACCCUCACGCAUGACAUCACGAGACUCAUUCACAAGAAGGAGUAUCUGUUCCGUGUGAAGGCUGUCAAUGCAAUUGGUGAGAGUGAACCACUGGAAGCUGCCAAGAGUAUUGUGGCUAAGAAUGAGUGUGAUGAACCACAGGCACCAGGAAAACCAUCAAUUGAUGAUUGGGAUAAGGAUCAUGUUGAUUUGAGUUGGACACCACCACCACAUGAUGGUGGUGCACCAGUUACUGGUUAUAUUAUUCAGAAGAAGGAGAAGGGUAGUCCGUAUUGGGUGACAGCUGCACAUGUUCCAACAAAUACCUGCAAAGCCACAGUUCCCGAACUAACAGAGGGUCAAGAGUAUGAAUUCCGUGUGAUAGCUGUCAAUAAGGCUGGACAGAGUGAACCGAGUGAGGCAUCAGACAAAGUUACAGCUCGUGCCAGGAAUGUACCACCACGAAUUAUUACACCACUUCAGGAUGUUCGUAUACGUGCUGGUCUUGUUCUCCAUGUUGAUAUUCGCUUUGAAGGUGAACCACCGCCAGAUGUUACAUGGACGGUCGGUGGUAAGGUCCUAAUGACCAAUGAUAGGACAACCAUAACAUCUGUUGGACAUCAUACCGUUGUCCAUACGGUUAACUGCCAACGAGCUGAUUCUGGGGAGUAUCAUCUUAAGUUGCAGAAUGUUAAUGGAGAGGAUCAGGGAACAUUUAGUGUGAUUGUUUUGGAUCGUCCUGGACCACCACAGGCACCACUUGACUACGAAGAGAUCACAGCACAGAGUGUAACACUAUCGUGGAAACCACCAGUUGACAAUGGUGGUAGUGAAGUGACAGGUUAUGUAAUUGAGAAGCGUGAUUUGACACAUGGUGGUGGUUGGGUACCAGCUGUUACCCAUGUUAAUCCAAGGAAGACACAUGCCCUUGUACCAAGACUCCAAGAAGGUACAAAAUAUGAAUUCCGUGUAAUGGCUGAAAAUCUUCAAGGUAGAUCAGAUCCAUUGGUCACGGAUAAACCAACUGUGGCGAGAAAUCAAUAUGAUGUACCUGGUAAACCAGGUAAACCCGAACUUGUUGACAGUGAUAAAGAUCACAUUACCAUUAAAUGGGCUAAGCCAAUUAGCAAUGGUGGUUCACCAAUUGUUGGUUAUGAGGUCGAAAGGAGAGAUUUGGCCACUGGUAGGUGGAUUAAAGUGUCAAAGGAACCUGUACCAUUUCCCGAAUAUCGUGAUGAUCGUGUACAGGAGGGUCAUCAGUAUGAAUAUAGGGUAUCAGCUGUUAAUGCAGCUGGAGCUGGUAAACCAAGUGAUGCAUCGGCAGCAUUUGCAGCACGUCCCAUGAAGGAGGCGCCUAAACUUAGACUAGAUGCUCUAUUUGGUCGAAAGAUAAAAGUUCGUGCCGGAGAACCGAUAAAUGUAGAAAUUCCGCUGAGUGGAGCACCCCAGCCGGUGGUUGAGUGGAAACGUGGUGGGGUUCGGGUGCCGGAGACAGGGCGUGUGGCCAUAGAGACAGACUGGGAGAAGACGGCUCUUCGUGUUGAGGCGUCCGUGCGUGCGGAUUCAGGUCAAUACAACAUCACAGCCACCAAUGACUUUGGUAAGGACGAAGGAACGGUGGAUGUGAUUGUUGUGGAUAAACCAGGACCACCACAGGGUCCACUCACGUACAGCGCCACGACACAGGAGAGCGUCUCACUGGCAUGGAGUCCACCCCUUGAUGAUGGGGGUGGUGAUAUCAGUGGUUAUAUUGUGGAGGUGGCUGAGGCUGGUACCGAUAGAUGGCGUACAGUGCCAGGUUUCUGUCCUCGGACCACCUUCACGGCUCGCGGACUGACUGAAGGUCAACGUUAUGAAUUCCGUGUGAGGGCUGAGAAUAUCUACGGGGUGUCUGAGGCAUUGGUGGGUAAACCAGUGCUAGCUAAGAGCCCCUAUGAUGUUCCCGAUGCCCCCGAACGCCCAAAUAUUGUCUCCUACACCCCAAAUUCAGCCACAAUCCAAUGGCGUCCACCAGACUACUCAGGCGGACGUCCAAUCAGUGGAUACUACGUGGAGAAGAAGGAGAGAGGUGGCGAUUGGCACAGGUGCAAUAACUAUCCAACACCAAAUACAACAUUCACCGUACAAGAUCUCAGAGAGGGACAAAGGUCAGUAGUAGACGUACGGAAACUAAUAUUAACCGUCUGUUUUUUUUUAAAUUCUGAGAGCCCAGCGUUAUUCGUUAGCAAAGUUAUUCUUUUUCCCCAAUCGAGUGAGAGACUUUAAUGCACUUGGUUUUUGUCUUUGCUGAGUUUGAGUAGAAGCUAAGGUUAACCUUUUCCAUUAUUACAAUUUUAUGAUUCUUACAAUAACCACAUUUGACAUUAAAAAAUAAAGCAAAAAAUUGAAAAUUCACAAAAAUUUUAAAAAAUCAUAUUUAUAAUAUAUUAUGAAUAAUAUGCAUUCUUAAACCUUUUCUGAACAAUAAAUUUAAUUUUUUUUGUCUAAUUUUAUCAAAAAAUAUUGUGAAUUUAUUUAAUAAUAAUAGUAAUAAUAAUAGUUUAUUUAAUUCACAAUAAUAGGGUCAUCCCUCUUACAAUUGUGAAAAAAAGAAAAAAGAAAAAAAAAUUACAAAAAAAAUUAAUACAUCAAAAAGAGAAAAAAGAAUGAAAAAUAAACAAAAAGAAGAAAAAUUUAGGCGAUAAUUUCUCAAGGCUCAGCCUGAAAAUGCCGCCUAAUAGCAUCCGCAGAGUUACGGCUAUUAGCCGGAAUGGAGUUGUGAAGUACUAUGCCCUUUACAAACAGUGUGCGAUAAAGGCAGUCACUGUUAGAUUUAGGUACUAUAAGUCCCCGA